AUGGCUUCUGGUGACGUCGUUGCGAAGCCACCAGAACACGUUCGCUGUAAGAACUUCGGAUGUACCCAGUUCUUCGAUCCGAGAUACCCAGAGCAAACGGUGUGUACUCACCAUCGGCUUCCGCCGGUCUUCCACGAGACCGCGAAGUACUGGGCCUGCUGUCCAGACAAGAAGGCAUACGAUUGGGAGGAAUUCAUGAAGAUCCCGGGAUGCCAAACAGGACACUGCACCAACGUCGCCAAGGACAAGAAGUUCUUAGGAGGCGCCGAUAUUCGGGCCGAGCACGCGCCCAAGCGCUUGGACGACGAAGUGCCCGUCGAUCCGAGAAAGAAGCUGGACCGCUUGCGCGAGGGCCUCGUGAGCCUCGGUGUGAGUGCCGACGACUUCGAUCGUGCUUGGGGUCGCCUGGGUGCAAAGCUCGGGGACUUGAGCUUGGUCGCACAGAAGAUGAACCAGCUCUUCACGGAGACGUUGCAGACGAUGGAUACGGAUGACAUGAACCUGCCAGACUGA